AUGGAUGACUGUGGUCGCGACGGCGCCUCGGCCGACAAGGCAAGGCUGACAGACAGGCUGAGGUUUGGCGGCCACCAAGUCACCUUCUUUCCACGAAUUCAUUGCCUCCUCCUGCCAAUCCCCCUUGGCCUUCCUCUCUCACAGAGCCACAGCACGCCAGGCGUCGAGGCCGUGCAUCCGAGGGCGAUCCCAUGGUUGUUCCCUCUUAAUCUGCUGACCCUCGAGAGCCGGUGUUCCGAGCUGCUUCUUCGCCUCGCCUCGCCCUUGUUUGAUCCCGCCCCCGCCAUCAUGUCGGUCCUGCUGGAGACCAGCCUCGGCGACAUCGUCAUCGACCUGCUCGUCGACUAUGCGCCCAAGGAGUGCGAAAACUUUCUGAAGCUCUGUAAACUAAAGUACUACAACUUCUCCCCCGUCCAUUCCGUCCAGCCAAACUUCUCCUUCCAGACCGGCGACCCCCUCGGCCCAGCCUCGAGCGCCUCAGAUGGCGGCUCCUCGGUAUGGGGCCUCCUGUCUGGCGCUUCCCAGAAGAUCUUCCCGGCCACCUUCAACCCGAAGCUGAAGCACAUCGAGCGCGGCACCGUCUCCAUGGCCACGGCCCCGCACCCCUCCGACCCGGACGUGCGCCUGGCCGGCAGCCAGUUCAUUGUGACCUUGGGCGAUGACACCGACUACCUCGACAGCCGCGCCUCGGUCUUUGGAAAGGUGGUCGAGGGCUUCGACGUCCUGGAGAAGAUCAACGGCGCCAUCACCGACAAGGACGGCCACCCGCUCGUCGACAUCCGCGUGAAGCACACCGUCGUGCUCGACGACCCGUAUCCAGACCCCGCCGGUCUGCGGGAGCCGAGCUCGAGCCCCCCUCCCAGCAAGGCCCAGCUGGCCACGGUGCGCAUAGCCGACGAUGCCGAUCUCGACGAGGAGAUCGACGAGGAUGCCGCUGCCAAGAAGCGCCGCGAGGCCGAGGCCAGGGCGCAGGCUCUGACGCUGGAGAUGAUGGGCGAUCUACCCUUCGCCGAGGUCAAGCCCCCGGAGAAUGUGCUGUUCGUGUGCAAACUCAACCCCGUCACGCGCGACGAGGAUUUGGAGCUUAUUUUCAGCCGCUUCGGCACCAUCCUCUCGUGUGAGGUCAUCCGGGACAAGAAGACGGGCGACAGCCUGCAGUACGCAUUCAUCGAGUACGAGGAGAAGGCGGCGUCCGAGGCGGCCUACUUCAAGAUGCAGGGCGUGCUGAUCGACGAUCGCCGCAUCCACGUCGACUUCUCCCAGAGCGUCAGCAAGCUCAGCGACGUGUGGCGGUCGGGGGAAAAUGCAAAGAGGUCAAAACGGCAUGGCGACCGGGGCGGCUGGGGUGGCGUCGAGGGUUUGGAGAAAUGGCGGAAAUACCGUGUCGAUCGCGGCGACGACGACGACCAGCGCGAUGGAAGGUACGGUAUGGUGUACGGGGCCGAGGAGAUGCGAGGCCGCAACCGCAACGAUGCCGGAAGGAAGCCACAGCGCGGCGAUGACGCGGAGGAUGCACUGGUGGAAAGCUAUCGAAACAGCAGGGGUGACGACCGGAGGCGGAACGACGGCAGGAAGGACUGGGAGAAAGAGUCCCGACGACGGAGCCGUAGUAGAAGUCCUAGAAGGGACCAGCACCGGGACGGUAAAGAUCGUUGGGGUAGAGACGACGAGCGGCGGAGGGACGACCGGCCUUGGGCUCGCCAUGAUGACCGUGAUAGACGGGAACGUGACCGGGACAGGAACAGGGGCCAUGAUGACUACCGCAGGAGGUAG